CCAAUAUUCCAGCAAGAAGCAAAAUUCGAAUCAGUCUUUCAACUUUAAAAAACCGUCUUUCUUCCUUUCUCUCCGGCAGCCAUGGCGGCCAUGGUGCCCGAAGUUACAAUGAUCUGCAUUGACACUUCCGAACCGAUGCGGAUGACCGAUUAUGCUCCGUCAAGGUUUAACGCUCAAGCCGACACAAUUGACCUUAUAUCCGAUUCGAAAUUCUCGGCCGAUUCUGGGCACCAAUUGGGAUUAUUGACGAUGGGCAGCAAUCGGGGCGGCGUUAAAUUGCUGGUUAAUCCGACCAACGAUCUUACCGAACUCUCGACCCGGUUGCGGGAUGCGGAAAUUGGUGGCCGGAUGGAAUUGGCAACCGGGCUCGAUGUGGCCCAAUUGCCCCUGAAUCAGAACAAGAAUCUCCGUCGGCGAAUCAUUGCUUUUGCCGGGAGCCAUGUUCAUGACAUGAAAAAGGAUUUGGUGACGGUCGGAACGAAUUUGAAGAAUAAAGGGAUUGCCCUCGACGUAAUCAGCUUCGGUGAAGGUGAUGAAUCGAAGAUUGAGAAGCUCUCUGCUUUAGUGGCUGCUGCCAACGACGACGGAAUAAAUGGCGGUGGUAACAGCCAUUUUAUUCACGUUCCUCCGGGUCGGGGCGCUCUCUGUGACGGGCUUGUGAGUACCGGGAUAUUUUCCGGUGGGUAUGGUGAUAGAGAGAGUAGGAAACGCGCCGCCGCCGCCGCCGCUUCUGCGUUAGUCCGCCGCCGGCGAGGUGCUUUUCACAUGGAUGAUGAUUUUGAGGAGGAGGACGAGCCGCAACGCAUAGUAGCCGGUCGUGCUGAGGAUUUUGGAUUUGAUGAUGUUAUCGGGGGUCGUGGAUUUGCCGAUGAUGAUUUUGUAUUACCCGGAGGCGUUGGCGGUGGGGAUGAGUUCGUGGAAUAUGAUGAAGAGGAUCCUGAACUUGCUCUGGCUCUUCAACUUUCAGUGGAAGAGGAACGGGCCAGGCAAGAAGCUGCUGCGCGACAGGGCUGAAUCUGAUUGAGCUUCAGAAUAACACCAUCUGUAAUUUUUUAUUCGUCCUACAUCAAACAAGUUCUGUUUUUUUUGAUCGAUCUUUUUUAUUUAAAGAUUUCUUAGUUUAUUGAACUUUUUGAAAAUUUUGUUGUCAAUGAUGAAACAAUUUAAUUCCUCUGUAAUUUUACUUCUUCAAGACAUGAUUUUAUUGACC